AACUCUGCCUACAGCCCUCUGCGCCAUUAUGCAUCGUUUCGCAAAUGCCUUCUCUGAGAUUGGUCGAUGCCUCUGUCAGGUUGCGAGACGAACGCAGACGCCGUCGCUACCUCUGAUGUCUUGAUCGGCAUUUAUGGAAUUCGAGCCAACGGUGAAGGCAAUUUUCACAUGGUGAGCAAAAGGUUCCUUGCGUGUAUAUUAAGACCUUGCCAAUCCUCAAGAGUCAGUUUCUGGCAUCGAUCAACUUCUCUCUCCUUCGCAUCACUUCUCAAGGAUUUUCAUCAUGAAGACUGCUUUCGCUGUUGCCGCUCUGGCUGGCUCUGCCGCCGCCUGGCCUGUGGCCAUGGAGAUGGAUGCCAUCGUUAAGCGACAACUUGGCGCUGGCCGCAAGAACACUGGUGGCGGUCACCCAAACCCAACAUUCAACGCACAGCAACAAUACGUUGAUGUGACCGAUGGUGGUCCAAACCCAUUCCGAUCACCAGGAGCUCGCGACCUUCGUGGCCAAUGUCCAGGAUUGAACGCCGCGGCCAAUCACGGAUUCUUGCCACGAAACGGUCUCGCCAACAUCCAGCAGACAGUUGACGGUCUGGGCAAGGCUUACGGUAUGAGCCCAGAGCUCGCCGCAGGUCUGGCUGCCAUUGCGAUUCUCAUCUCUGGUGAUAUUCCAUCUACACGAUGGUCUAUUGGUGGCGGAUUCCCCUCAUCCUUGCCGCUUCUCCUCAGCAACCCCAAGGGUAUUGUCGGAUCUCACUCCAAGUACGAGAACGAUGCAUCCAUCGUUCGUGGCGAUGCAUACUUGAACAAUGGCGACGUUGGUGUCUUCCAGUGGCGAUCGUGGAACUCACUCAUCCAAAGCACCAACAACGGCAACGAUGGUCUCACCUUGGACAAGGUCACCCAACACGCUGAUGAGGUGACCACCUUCUCAAUUGAGAACAACCCAUACGCUUUCUGGGGACCUUUCUCUGGUCUCGUCGCGCCAGCCGCACACAACUUCGUUGUCAACUUCAUGUCCAACCACACCGCCGAGAACCCAGGUGGAUAUCUCGACGAGGCCAUGCUUAAGGAUUUCUUCGCAGUCAGCGGUACUGGCGAGGGUGCAUCUGGCAACAACCCAGGCACAUAUGUUCACAACCGCGGCCAGGAGCGCAUCCCAUUGAACUGGUACCGCCGCAACACUGCUGAUGCCUACAGCCUUGCCGAUGUCUUCAUCGACUUGCUCGCUGGCGCUCAGACCAACCCAAACACUCUCCGCAUCGGUGGCAACACUGGCACAACCAACUCCUUCACUGGUCUUGACGUGUCUGAUCUGACUGGUGGUGCCUUCAAUGGCGCUACACUCUUCCAGGGCAACAACCUUGCAUGCUUCGCUUUCGGCGCUGCUAUGGCUGGAGGUAUCGACCAGCUCGAUGGUGUUCUCUCGAUCGUGCAGAACGCUCUUGGCCCAAUCACCGGUGCCAUCACCAAUGCUGUUGCCGGCCUCUCAUGCCCACAACUCGAGGCUGCCAACUUCAACAGCCAGCUUUUCAAGGCCUACCCAGGUGCAGGUUACGCCAACUAGAAGAUUCCAAGCGAUCUCGUUGAGCGAAACCCGAUAUCAUGAUGAAACUUUAGCGAAGGGGAACAUUGAGAAAUACUCAUUGUACAUAUUAUUUAUUAUACCAAUUUGUUCGACA